AUGCGCUUCCCUUUACCAGCAGACACGUUUCCGCCGCUAGUUGUGUCGGAGGAGGAUCGCUUCGAGCUCCAGCGAUUAUCAGAAAGUUUUAUUCACGAAGCGAUCGAGGAAUACACAGAUUUCCGCUAUGCCGAUGGAGGAGUUCUGGACAAAGAACGCUGGAAAGCGGUCAAGACUCGGGAAGGAGUGACGUCGUAUCGGGAUCUGCGAAUGAUCGAUCUAGAGAGAUCGCGUUCAGCCCCCAAAGAACGAGUCGGUUCGGGGUGUAUGACAGCAUCGACUAAACUCCAUGGGGUACUGGCAAUCGGUACGAUCGAUGGAGAGUUUAACGACAUGGCGUUUGGACUUAUUAACGGGAAUACGGAGAUGCUGAAGAUCAAAUCUUCAUAUACUAACGACAAGAUCGCCGAUGCUAAAGUAUUGGCUACUAUAGUGGAACCUACGCCAACGGAGCCCGUACGAGGAACAUAUCUUAAGUGGGGUGUAUCAAUCGGAGUCCCCGUUCUACUUCGGACGAUCGUUCGACCGCGAGAUUUCGUGUACUUGGAGUCUAUCGGUAUCCUCAAAACUGAAUCAGGUGAACGGAUCGGAUUUAGUCUGAUGCAUUCGAUUCAAAUCCCGACGAUCCGUGAGCUUUCAGAGUACCAAAUUGUACGAGCAAAUGCCUCAAUCUGCGUACUAUUCCGACAGAAAUCUUCAGGCAAGAUCGAACUUUACGUCAAAGGAUUCGUGGAUGCUAUGGGCGAUAUACACCACUGUGUAGCUGUACCAGCAACUGCAGACGCACUCAUGUCGUACAGCAAAGUCGUGCAUUGUGGACAGAUGAAAAAGCUCAACUGGCUGUUAAAAACUAGAAAGACAGUAAUUCUGGACCAUGGCAGCGACUGCGUUGUCUGUAUGAACGCUGCAAGUCGUCCUAAAUCCUGUCAAGUGUGCUCCAACAACAUGUGUUCUCGUUGUAGUGUCACCAAGAAGCUGAGCUUCCUCUCUCCUACAACGCGUCGAGUCUCUCAACGAAGCAUGAUCUUCUGUGUACGAUGUCUACUAGCCGCGUUUAAAGCCGAUGCUCUCGAGAUCGCAGCAGAAGAACUAGUACGUCAAAACCCCUUCGACUUCUACGAGGCCUCGACCAACUCAACUCCCUCGUCUAAAAUAGUCUCACCUUCAAGUACAAACCCAGACGCUACCAGUGAGUUCUUCGGUUAA